GCACCGUAGAAAGCGUUAGGUUCUUUAUUAGAAAUAAGCAGUAGAGAUCCUUUUGGAAGAUUUGGGUGUAUAAUCGGCACCCAUGUAAUUCCUAGUGUGUACCUACCUCUCCUCUCCUCUUACAUUGGACACUUCGACACCAUGCCAAAAAUAACCCCCUAUGGACAGGUUGGGGAUGCUCAAUCAGAAUGGCAUCCUGACAUGGCCAUCCCAAGAGGCGCCCCAUUGCCUAAAGAUACCGAGGAUAAAAGCGCAACUGUAUUUAUCAAGCCAGAACCAAGUAUCGGGUGCGGGACGUUACAAUGCCCAAAGGUCUAUUGGGAAAAGAAGGUAGUCUAUGACCAGUUGGUCAGAAAGCAGCAAGAUGUUUUACAGUCGAGUGAGAGCUUCGCUCAAGAAGCCGCGAGAAAUUUAGGAUUCUCACAUAUUAUUAUCCGUAAGGAACUCCAUGACGCUGCCAACACUUACGCCCAGGCUGGUAGAGGCCAGACAAGGCGUACGAAGACGGGAAUUGAGCCUGAUCAAAUCCAUCUAACGGUAUAUCUUGCGAAUCAACCAAAUUGGGUCUCUGUGCACGGGCAUAUCUACGGCGUCGUACGAGAGACGACAUAUAAGUUGAUGAGUGAAAGGAAGAGUAGAUACGUUAAGAAGAUACCGGAAUACACGGAGUAUGUAAUGAUGCCGAAUAAUCAACGAUGGAUGGCAAAAGAGCGCCCAGAUCAGCAUCGCCGUAAUCCUGAGCUCUGGGAAUGGUUUGAGUAUAUAUCUUAGGUACCUAAGAACCUGCGAAUAAAAUAUUGAUGUGGUAGGCGUAUUAUAGUAAUAGCUGUGCCUUGUUAAUUAC